AUGGCCGAAGGCUCCGGGCUGCAAUUCCGGGCGGGAGAGCAGGGGGAUGCACCGGCCACGGAAGGAGCUGUCCAAGAGAAGUCCGAGCCAGAGACGUUUAGGUCCAAGAGUUUACCGGCCCUCCACAGCGCCUCCUGCCGUCCGUACAUCAGCCCCGAGAAUGCGGACACCAAAUCGGCCUUCAGCUUCACGGAUUCUUUGGGCCAGCAGGAGCUGCAGCAAGACCCCAGCCCGCUGCUUCCCAGCCCCUCUGCCCAGGCCACUUCGGCGGGGCUGGCGGGGCUCAUGGACUGUAACAACAGGGUGGACGUCUGCAAAGGCGUCUCGGGAUCCUCCACUCUGUCCACGCUCCAGGGGAGAAGAUGUCUCUACAUGAUCCUCACCGAUUCCCGUUGCUUCCUGGUUUGCAUGUGCUUUCUGACCUUCAUCCAAGCGUUGAUGGUAUCCGGGUACCUGAGCAGUGUCAUCACCACCAUUGAAAGGCGCUACAGCCUGAAGAGUUUCGAGUCGGGACUGCUGGUCAGCUGCUUUGACAUUGGGAGCCUGGUGGUGGUGGUGUUCGUCAGCUACUUUGGAGGCCGGGGUCGGCGUCCCCUGUGGCUGGCUGUAGGUGGACUUCUCAUAUCCGUCGGGGCUGUCCUUUUCGCUUUGCCACACUUCAUCUCCCCACCCUACCAGAUCCAAGAGUUGAACGCCUCCACCUCCAACGACCGCCUGUGUCAGAGUGGAAACUCCACACCCACUUCGGAGCCUCCCUCCUGCCUGAAGGAUCCGGGGAAAAACAACCACUGGAUCUAUGUGGCUUUGUUCGUUUGCGCACAGAUUCUCAUUGGAAUAGGCUCCACACCUAUUUAUACUCUGGGACCAACCUACUUAGAUGAUAAUGUCAAGAAAGAAAACGCAUCCUUGUACCUAGCCAUCAUGUAUGUCAUGGGAGCACUUGGUCCUGCAGUGGGAUAUUUACUAGGUGGACUUCUUAUUGGUUUUUAUGUUGACCCCAGCAGCCCUGUUCACGUUGACCAGAAUGACCCGCGUUUCAUUGGAAACUGGUGGAGCGGAUUCCUCCUUUGUGCCGUUGCAAUGUUUCUUGUGAUAUUCCCAAUGUUUACUUUUCCACAAAAGCUUCCGCCUCGGCAGAAGAAAAAGAAAAAGAAAAAACCCUCUGAUGGCGUGGCUAACGACGAUGACAUUCUGAAGGAGAAGUCAAGCAAUGUUGAACAAGUGGACAAAAAACUUUCCUCUAUAGGAUUUGGAAAGAAUGUCAAAGACCUACCAAGAGCAGCUGUCAGGAUCUUAAGCAACAUGACAUUCCUUUUUGUGAGUCUGUCAUACACAGCCGAGAGUGCCAUUGUAACUGCUUUCAUUACCUUCAUUCCCAAGUUCAUCGAGUCACAGUUUGGUAUCCCUGCUUCCAAUGCCAGCAUCUACACUGGUGUCAUUAUUGUCCCCAGUGCUGGUGUUGGUAUUGUCCUGGGAGGCUACAUUAUAAAAAAAUUGAAACUUGGAGCAAGAGAAUCUGCAAAACUAGCAAUGAUCUGCAGUGGUGUGUCUUUACUCUGUUUUUCCACCCUCUUUAUUGUUGGCUGUGAAAGCAUUAAUCUAGGAGGCAUAAACAUCCCUUAUACAACUGGACCUUCCCUCACCAUGCCGCAUAGGAAUCUGACCGGAAGCUGCAAUGUGAAUUGUGGUUGUAAAAUACAUGAGUACGAGCCAGUCUGUGGAUCAGAUGGAAUCACGUACUUUAACCCAUGUCUGGCUGGCUGUGCUAACAGCGGUAACCUGAGCACCGGGAUAAGGAAUUAUACGGAAUGCACCUGUGUCCAGAGCCGACAAGUGAUCACUCCACCCACAGUGGGACAGCGCGGUCAGCUCCGGGUGGUUAUUGUCAAAACCUAUCUCAAUGAAAAUGGCUAUGCCGUGUCUGGGAAGUGUAAACGGAGCUGCAGCACCCUGAUCCCGUUCUUAAUCUUUCUUUUCAUCGUCACCUUCAUCACAGCCUGUGCCCAGCCAUCAGCCAUCAUAGUUACACUCAGGUCCGUGGAAGAUGAGGAAAGGCCCUUCGCGCUGGGAAUGCAGUUUGUUUUGCUGCGAACACUUGCCUACAUCCCCACUCCGAUUUACUUCGGAGCGGUCAUCGACACCACCUGCAUGCUGUGGCAGCACGAGUGCGGCGUGCAAGGGUCCUGCUGGGAGUACAACGUGACGUCCUUGCGCUUUGUCUAUUUCGGCUUGGCGGCCGGCCUCAAGUUUGUGGGCUUCAUUUUCAUUUUUCUGGCCUGGUACUCCAUGAAAUACAAGGAGGCUGCGCUGCAGAGGCGGCGGUGGCGGGACGUCCAUCUGAGCACCGUGAGCGAGGCGGUGGGCUGCGGCCCCCCUCCCCGUGGCGGCUCGGCCCGGACGCGGUCCUGCCCGGCCUUCAGCCUCCCGGGGGACUUCCAGGAAGAGUCCGGUCUGCAAAAAGGGGUCCGGGGCCCAGCGCGGACCUUUCCCGGGCCCUUCCGCGAAGCAGCAAGCUCCUCGGGCGACCAGCGGCUGCACGAGAACCCGACGGCCAGCUCACCUCUCUCCUGA